AUGGCAACUGCGAAUUCUUUAAUUGUCUCGAACCAACUGAAUUCACCAAAUACGUCGAUGUUAGUGACGGAGAGUUCAUGUCCAAAUAGUACUGCAUUAUCUGACGCUCCUCGUCACCACAACGUACCACAUGCUGAAGCUCAUCCCCCUCCUACCCAACUCAUCAAGUUAAAUUCUCUUUCUGGUCCAUUAGUCACACGAAAAGAAAAGCUCCAUACUUCUUCUCGAUUCGGUGUUCCGAAGAGUCGCGAACUUAAUCCUUUACCUCUUGUUAAAGAUGCUGAUAAUCAAGAGAAACGAGAAGAGCUAUUUAUUGAAAAACUCAAACAAUGCUCUGUUGUAUUUGAAUUUGUUCCGGAUAUUUUAAGUGAUUUAAAAGAUAAAGAAGUGAAACGUGCUGCAUUGCAUGAAUUAACAGAAUAUUUAACUGAAAAUUCUGGUAUAAUUACUGAUGCAAUCUAUCCAGAAGUUAUUCGAAUGGUUGAAGCUAAUUUGUUUCGCACCUUACCACCACCAAGUAAUCCAUCUGGUGCAGAAUUUGAUCCAGAAGAGGAUGAACCAACAUUGGAGGCUGCAUGGCCUCAUUUACAAUUAGUGUAUGAAUUCCUACUACGUUUCAUUGAAUCGCCGAAUUUUCAACCAAAUAUUGCUAAACGUUAUUUCGAUACAAAAUUUGUAUUACAGCUAUUAGAAUUAUUCGAUAGUGAAGAUCCUCGUGAACGUGAUCUUGUCAAAACUAUAUUACAUCGUGUUUAUGGUAAAUUUCUUGGUUUACGUGCAUUUAUUCGUAAACAAUUUGGUAAUAUAUUUUACAAAUUUAUUUAUGAAACAGAAGUUCAUAAUGGAAUUGCUGAAUUGUUAGAAAUAUUAGGCAGUAUCAUCAAUGGAUUUGCAUUACCGUUGAAAGAAGAACAUAAAAUGUUUUUAAUGCGUGUUUUACUACCUUUGCAUAAAGUCAAAUCAGUCAGUAUAUAUCAUGCACAAUUAGCUUAUUGUGUAAUACAAUUUUUAGAAAAAGAUCCAACACUUACACAACAGGUUGUUCUUAGUUUGUUAAAAUUUUGGCCUAAAACUCAUAGUCCUAAAGAAGUGAUGUUUUUAAAUGAAUUAGAAGAAAUUUUAGAUGUUGUAGAUCCAUCAGAAUUUCGAAAAAUUAUUCGUCCACUUUUUACACAAUUAGCUAAAUGUGUAUCAUCGCCUCAUUUUCAAGUUGCUGAACGUGCAUUAUAUUUUUGGAGUAAUGAUUAUAUUCUACAAUUAAUGCAUGAUCAUGUAGAAGAAAUUUUACCAAUUAUGUUUCCUGCUUUAUAUCGUACAAAAGAACAUUGGAAUAAAACAAUUCAUGGUCUUGUAUACAAUGCUUUAAAAUUAUUCAUGGAAAUGAAUCAAAAACUUUUUGACAAUUGUACACAACGUUAUAAAGAAGAAAGACAAAAAAUUAGAGAAGAAGCUAAACGACGUGAACGUGUAUGGGCUACAUUACAUGAAACUGCAAAAGGCAAUCCAUUAUAUGCUAUUGUUAUGAAAGAAACAUCAACAAUCAAUCAAGAUUCAUCUAUUUCAGUAGUAUCUAAUUCAUCAUCAACUAAUAUAGAUGACUAUUGUGUAAAUACUGGAAUUUCAUCUACAAAUAAUAAUACUGUUGAAAAUGAUGACAUACCUCCUGUAGAUGAAGAUAUCAAUGGUUCAUUGAUAAAUCUUCAACGUGAAGCUGAAGAUGAUACGGAACUUCGUGGCAUCAUUAAUGAACGACGUCGUGAUAAAUUUCCUAUGAUUCAACGAAAAUCUGAACUUCCACAUAGUAGAACUACUAUUCGUGCACUUGAACAACAUCGUCGUCCAGAUGAAUAUUUAAAAACUCAACCUGAUGGUUAA